CGCGGCCCUCAACGAGCAGGAGAAGGAGCUCAAGCGGCGGCUCAAGCGGCUCUACCCGGCCGUGGACGAGCAGGAGACGCCGCUGCCGCGCUCCUGGAGCCCCAAGGACAAAUUCAGCUACAUCGGCCUCUCGCAGAACAACCUGCGCGUGCACUACAAAGGUCAUGGGAAAACUCCAAAAGAUGCUGCUUCUGUUCGAGCUACACACCCUAUACCUGCAGCCUGUGGAAUAUACUAUUUUGAAGUUAAAAUUGUCAGUAAGGGAAGAGAUGGUUACAUGGGAAUUGGGCUUUCGGCACAGGGUGUGAACAUGAACAGACUACCAGGUUGGGAUAAGCAUUCAUAUGGUUACCAUGGCGAUGACGGACAUUCGUUCUGUUCCUCCGGAACCGGACAACCUUACGGCCCCACGUUUACCACGGGUGACGUCAUCGGUUGUUGCGUCAACCUCAUCAAUAACACCUGCUUCUACACCAAGAACGGACACAGCUUGGGCAUCGCUUUCACAGACUUACCGCCAAACUUGUACCCUACAGUAGGCCUUCAAACACCAGGAGAGGUGGUGGAUGCUAAUUUUGGACAACACCCAUUUGUAUUUGAUAUUGAAGACUACAUGCGAGAAUGGAGAACCAAAAUUCAAGCCCAGAUUGACAGAUUUCCAAUAGGAGAUCGGGAAGGAGAGUGGCAGACAAUGAUUCAGAAAAUGGUCUCCUCUUACUUAGUUCACCAUGGCUACUGUGCAACAGCAGAGGCAUUCGCCAGGUCCACAGACCAGACUGUGCUAGAAGAAUUAGCUUCCAUUAAAAAUAGACAAAGAAUUCAGAAAUUGGUUUUAGCAGGAAGAAUGGGAGAAGCCAUUGAAACAACACAACAGUUGUAUCCAAGUUUACUAGAAAGAAAUCCUAAUCUCUUAUUUGCAUUAAAGGUGCGCCAGUUCAUAGAGAUGGUGAAUGGGACCGACAGCGAGGUGCGGUGUCUGGGAGGCCACAGCCCGAAAUCCCAGGACAGUUACCCGGUUAGCCCCCGGUCAUUUAGUAGUCCUAGCAUGAGCCCCAGCCAUGGAAUGAAUAUUCACAGUUUGGCAGCAGGAAAAGGGAGCAGCACACACUUUCCUGGUUUUGAAAGUAGUUGCAGUAAUGGAGUAAUAUCCAACAAAGCGCAUCAGUCUUACUGUCACAGUAAACACACGAGCACCAGCUUGAAUGUACCAGAGCUCAACAACAUAAACGUAUCCAGAUCGCAGCAGGUUAACAGCUACUCCAGCAAUGAUGUAGACAUGGAAACAGAUCACUACUCCAAUGGGGUUGCUGAGACUUCAUCCAAUGGCUUCCUAAAUGGUAGUUCUAAACAUGAUCACGAAAUGGAAGAAUGUGACACAGAAAUGGAAGUAGAUUCCAGCCAGCUACGGCGCCAGCUCUGCGGGGGCAGCCAAGCGGCUAUCGAGAGAAUGAUCCACUUUGGGAGAGAGCUGCAAGCGAUGAGCGAGCAGCUCAGAAGAGAGUGUGGCAAAAACACGGCGAACAAGAAAAUGCUGAAGGAUGCAUUCAGUUUACUUGCGUAUUCCGAUCCCUGGAGCAGUCCUGUGGGAAACCAGCUUGACCCGAUACAGAGAGAACCUGUGUGCUCUGUGCUCAAUAGUGCAAUACUAGAGACUCACAACCUGCCAAAGCAGCCGCCGCUGGCGCUCGCCAUGGGGCAGGCGUCGCAGUGCCUGGGCCUCAUGGCGCGCUCGGGCAUCGGCUCCUGCGCCUUCGCCACCGUGGACGACUACCUGCACUAGCGGGGUGCCCGCGGCGCGGCAUCGCGCCGCUGACUGGAAUCGGGGGGUUUAAUUAUGUACUAAGGACGAGUCUGUCGCUUUAUGUUGCUUCCUAGUUUACAGCAUGAUGCAAAAUGAUUUCUAACUUAGCGUUAGGAGAAAAAUUUCCAUCUUCAAACCUCUUGGGACAACUAAGAGUCAAGAGUAUCACUGAUAAUGUCCGGCAUCCAGAUUGACAAUUACAAAUCCUUGAAACGAUUGUCCAAAAACAAACCAAAAAUCCUGCUGCUCCGGGGCGGGGCGGGAGACUCCAGGCGUGGAUGUAGUAUUAGCAGGCGGGUGACGUCAGGGCCGAGCAGGACGACUUGCCAACCUCCACCCCCAUUGUUACAUAGUUCAAUCAGUGUAAUUUGCAAAAUGCAUAAACACCUGAUGGUUUGGAUAUCUAGUGUUGAUGGGAAGAAAUGAUAUUUUUUAAUGUGUACUGUAAAACUUGAAUUACUCAGGAGCUGAGUGAAUAUGUUUGUUGCUACUUACAAUCCCAACCUGUUGAUCUUAGUAGUUUUUUUGUUUUAACAUGGUCUUUUCAACUUUGUUUCCUUGUUUAACUUCAGACAGCUUCUGUUGUGUAGACUCACCAGUUUAACUGUUGUAUUAUAACAGUAUUACAUGUCAACACAGUGUGGUUAUGACCUAUUUAUAUAAAAACCAAAUAUUUAGUCAA